CUGCUAAUCUCUUUUUAGAACUGAACUACCUGUCACUUGUGAUGCUUACGUGCGGUUAUGGUUGGCGCUCCCUUAUUUGGUCUUUCCAAUCAAAAUUAAACUAACUUCCUUCUCUUCUCUUCCACUCUAUAGCGCGUGGAUGCAGACGCAUCCACCUUCCUCCAAUGGACCUACAUAGAAGAACCCUCCAACAUCAGGGCAAAUUGUGAUUUUGAUUCUUCUGUAACAAAAUAUUCGACUUCUUCAUUCACACGAAUAUCAUUAUGUGGUUCAUAGAAGAUAGGACUGAUCCAGGUUCGUUCGUUACAUGUAAUGAUGUAUUGUUCAGAAGGUGGAAAAGAGAAAAACUUGCUCAGAAGAAAUCAUUAUUGUCACAGUGAAGAGCGAUAUAUAUAGGAAGCAGAGCCACAACAAUCACAAUCAAAGCCAGAACCAAUGUUGGAAACUUUUAAAUGGUGGAUUCGUAUACCCAUUUACGUAAUAUUUCUCAUAGCAGGCCAAGCCGCAGCUACCCUUCUGGGAAGGUUUUACUAUUGUGAAGGUGGCAAUAGCAAAUGGAUGGCAACACUUGUUCAGUCUUCAGGAUUCCCAUUACUAAUUCCAUUACUCUUCUAUUUCUCACCUACCAAAUGCGACCACAAUAACGGCACCAAUGACAAUAGCACCAACAACACCAUCACAAAAAAGUAUCCCACGAAAUCCAAAGUUUCCACCUUAACACUCAUCUACAUAGGUUUUGGCUUGAUUGCAACAGGUACCAACUUGUUGUAUUCAUAUGGGCUAUUCUAUCUACCUGUUUCAACCUAUUCUUUACUAUGUGCAACCCAAUUGGCUUUCACGGCACUAUUCUCUUACUCCAUUAAUUCCCAGAAAUUCACGCCACCUAUUUUCAAUUCCGUGAUACUUCUGACGGCGUCUGCUGCCUUGCUUGCUAUCAACACUGAAGAUGUCGAUUGGAGACACAAGCCGUACGAUAACUACUUCAUAAUUGGAUUCUUCUGCACCAUUUUCGCAUCUGCUGCAUUCUCCUUUUGCCUCUCCAUGGUGCAGCUCUCUUUCGAGAAGCAGCUCAUCAAAGGGGGCACAUUCUAUGCGGUGUUGGAGAUUCUAUUCUACCAAUCAUUUGUUGCCACGUGUGCUUGUGUAGUGGGGGUGUUCGCAAGCGGGGAAUGGACGACUCUAAACAAUGAGAUGAAGAACUUCAAGCAGGGGAGCUUUUCUUAUGUGAUGACUCUGCUUUGGAUUGCUGUGUCGUGGCAAGUAACAUCAGUGGGUAUGGUGGGUUUGGUUAUGGAGGUAUCUUCGUUGUUCGCAAAUCUUAUAGCCACUUUGACUUUGCCUGUGGUUCCCAUUUUCGCUGUUUUCAUCUUCCAUGAUAAGAUGGACGGUGACAUGAUUGUGUCCUUGUUGUUGGCAGUUUGGGGAUUUCUUUCUUAUAUAUAUCAGCAUUAUCUUGAUGACCGAAAAGCUAAGGUUCAUAAUGUUGAAGGAGUUUGUUAAUUUGAUACAUGCAAGUAUCCAACCAUCCUCUCUGUUUUGAAAUAAAAUUUUUAAAUUUGUUGAUUUGUUUAAAAA